CCGCCGCCCCUCCGCCUCCAUGAGGCCGGCCGCCGCCCUGAGAUGAAGCGAGCCGGGGUGCUGCGGCAGGUCUCGGACUGGAGCGACUUCGCCCGCGGCCGCUGCCUGCGGGAGUUGCUGGACCCGCGCCGCCCGGGAGCCGAGGCGCCCAGCCGCAUCCUCGCCAGCCCCGACAGGCAGCAUCUGCUCCUGCUGUGGAACCAACCGGCCGCGCAAGCUCGGGUCGUGGCCUUCCAGCGCCUGGGCGCGAAUGGAGGAGGCGACCUGGAGAGGAGCUGGCAGCCGCCUCAGCCGCCCGUGGUGGGGCUGCUUUUCCUGGAGAGCCCCUGCGCUGCGGCCCCGUGGGUGCUGACCGUCGUCUGGGAGCAAGGCCGGGCUGAGCUCUGGCGCUUCAUGCCUGCCGUAGGGUGGCAAAUGCUGCAGAGUCUGGAGCUCUGCCAUGGCGCCCAUGCCCGGAUUGUUUCCAUCUGCAGCUGGGGUGGCCAGCUAGUAUGGUGUGAAGAGAGGCCCCCCUUGGGUGCCCAGCCGACCUCAGAGAAACGAGCCUUCCAGUACUGUAUCUGCACCAGAGGCCUCCAGAUUGGGGAGCAGGGAGCCCACCUGAGUCCCCUGAGGGUUGUCUUGCACAACAGCCCGUUUUACCAAGUGCUGGCCUCACCCUCUGGCGUCUUUCUAGUGCCAACGCCAGGUACCUUCCCAGGCAUAGCCAAGUUUGUUGCCAUCUGGCAACCCAAGAAUGGUGAUAUUCUCAUUGCUGCUCCAUCCAGAGGGUGUCUCUAUACUAAAGCCUCUCAUGCAGGCAACGAAGUGGACUUCAAGAAGCUGGUGCUGGGCUGUGUGGGGCUCUUAGCCUCCAUGGACAUGCUGGACAUUCACAGCUGUGCCCUGUCUAGCUGUGGAGGACUCCUCUUGGUUACCAAAGCAGGCACUGUGGAACUGGUUCAACCGAAUGGAGCGUGGAGACCUGUCUUCGACUUUGGGGGAAGCACUUUUGCCCCCAGAGAGCAGGUGCAGCUGAAGGUAUUUGGGGACACCCUUGCCUGCUUGUUGGGAGAGGUUCUUCAUCUUGUGGACCUGAACAGUAGGCAGUUGGUAGAAAAGAAAGUCUUGGGUACAAGAGAAGUGGUAUUUUUAGACUUCCAUGCAGAGGAGGAGGAGGAGGAGGAAGUGCAUCUUCUUGCCCCUGACGGCAUUUACAGCCUUAACCUCUCUGUGACUGCCAAGGACAGCCAGCCUGAGCCCAUCCUGGUGGAGAUGGUGUUUGAAGAGGCCUGCAAAUACUAUCAGCGACGGAGCCUGAGCAGCUCCCAGCUCACUGUGGAGAAACUCAAGAAGGGGGACAUGUUUCAGGCUCCAAUUGCACUCUCUUCCAUUCUGUGUAACAGUCUCACUCCCAAGGGGAAAAAAUCCAGGGCCCUCCCAGAAUCUUAUGCUAAGCUGCUGGACACACUGCAGUUAGAAUUGCAGAGCUAUCAGAACUUAGAGCAGCUCAAGUCUUGUGUGGUUUGGGCCUCAGAAAAUGAAGCAGAGGGCUAUGGGGAGGCACUGGUGGAGCAGGAACUCAGCCGCCUUAUGCACUUGGAUUUAAACAGGGAAAACCUGGCAUACCUGAAUGCUAUUUUCACUUCCUUUCCGAAGGCAUCCUGGAAGGCCAUCCAAAAUCACUUGCAGCUGCAACAGAAUGGUGAUGGCAUUCUAGUAGCCAGGGCCACACCCGAUGUGUGGAAGAAAAUUCUUGGGGGACCUGUGACCAGCCUGAGCAAGCAAGAGGAAGGGCCCAUAAAUGGGGUGGUCCCCCUGUUUGAGCUUAUCUGUCUCUCUCUCCACCAGUUCAAGCCAAAAUGGCUGCCUCAGUUUGUGGAACUGUCCCAACAGUAUAUGGGUUCCUCUUGGACUUACAGCAACAAGGAAGGUCCAGAGGGUGGCAUGCCUCUAUACAAGAGAGCUCUGGCUGUAUUGCCAAGGAGACGCAGAUGCUCUCUGGCAGGUGUGGAAAUGGAAAUUGAGCUCCUGCUCUCCAGCCGGCGACCCAAAGCCAUCCUUCAGGCCCUGGACCUUCUUAUCCUGCAUGAGAGAUGGCAGCGUGUGAUGGAGGUAGCAGAAAAGUUCUCAAGGCUCAGCCCUUUACUGAAUAAAGAAAUUUUUGUCAUCCUCUUGGGAGAGUUUUCCAAGCACAGGGCACUGGACCCUUAUCUGAACAAAUUGUGGGAGCUCUGUCCUGCAGAUCUGAGAGCUUCUGAUGUCCUGAACAUUAUUCAGCAACACUUAACCCCAGCAGAAUCUGACCCCUCUCCCUUCCUUCCACAGGGAUCAUCCCAGCUGACUGUUGGUUUGCUCAGGCCACUGUUGCACAGACUAACACAAUCCCCAACUGACCAGACUGAAAUUUAUGCCACUGUCUUGCAGAGCCCUACCUUUCCUCCACCAACCCCUCCUAGGCAUCGCCAAGUAGUUCCAAAGGCAGAGUCACAAGAAGAACUCACCCUUUUUCAGAACGAUACAUAAGCGCACUUUGCAUGAGAUAGUGUGAAGUGCAGAGGUGGAGAUAGGCCAGAGGGCAUCCAGAAACAAAGUCAGGAGCUGCAGGCUAUAUAUUUCCCCCCUCCCUGGAAACCUACAUCAGCAAGCUGUCCUUGCCAAAGAGGGAGGUAAAUUCCAACAAUUCUUGUAUGGCCAAUAGUUUUAUUUGGAAGAGAUGCCGAAUCUGUAGCAGGGGUUGGACAUUUCUGGUGCCUUAAACUAGAGUAGAAAAUUGCAUAUAGGAACUACACCAUUGCAAGGCUACCUGAAAACUAUUGCUGACCUAUAUCAAUCCUUCUGUGAAUAAUGUUGGUAGA